AUGUACUGCUUGGACUGUUUACUCUACCUGGGAGUGCUGGUACUGGUGGUGUCUGGCAACAAAAUACUAGACGACUGUUUGUACUCAAAUCAUAAAUACAAAAUGAACGUAGUGCUGCUGGAGGACAACACCUACGAGUGGAGUCGGCCGUUUGUGCAGAGAGCCGUGGAGCAAGCUAUAGAGAAGGACAGGCAGGAGAACAUCAACAAUGGCCUAGACUUCAAUCUGACAGCUAACUACAACGGGUUCAACACGACCGUGUACAACAGGCAGGGCUGCGGAAGCAGCACCUGUGAAGGAGUGGCAAUCCUCAAGGCAUUGGAUCGCAUGGGUGAAGUCGGAUGUGUUAUGCUAGGACCUUCAUGUACUUAUGCCACCUUCCAAUUAGUGGAUGAUGAGAUCGGCUUAACUCUGAGUAUUCCCAUCAUCUCAGCUGGGAGUUUCGGCCUCUCAUGCGACUACAAACCCAAACUGACUCGUCUUUUGCCUCCAGCUCGAAAAAUCAUUGAUUUAUUCCUGAACUUUAUGAACGAGGACCUGGGGUUUAAGUCCAAAUGGAAGAAAUUUUAUGUGUACAAAGAAGGGAGCUCUGCACCUGAAGACUGCUUCUGGUACAUAAACGCACUGGAAGCACCGUCUUCAAGGUUUGCCUCAAAUACAGAUAGGGUGAUGCUGCGGAACAUGGAUGAGCUAACGAAAGCACUGAAGGACUCAAAACGACACAGCAACAUUUUUAUUCUAUGUGGAGGCCCAAAGGACAUUGAAACAAUGAAAAAAAACGUAAAAGGCGAGGUUCACCCAGACACCUUGUUCCUUCUUCUUGAUGUUUACAACCCUGCAUAUUAUGUCAAUGAAACAUCCCCUCCCUGGAUGCGUGAUGUCCUUGUAGUUACUCUGCCACAAAGGAACUACGCCUAUAGAUCAAACUCAUCAUACAACGACACGAUAAAUGACUACGUGGCUGGAUAUCAUGAUGGAGCUCUGCUCUUGGGCAAAGUUCUGAGAGAAAGGAUGCUUGAUAAUCGACUUAGUAAGGCCUCUGUAGAUGUGCCACUGAGUUAUAACCCUUUUGGAAAUGUCACUUUUGAAGGUAUGGGAGGAACGUAUGUUCUUGAUGAGUACGGGGACAGAGAUGUGAACUUCACUUUCAUUUACACAACAAAAGACACUUUAAAGUAUGAAGUUCUGCUAGUGUUUGAUACAACGCAGAAUAAAACCAUUGACACGCACCCAAACCCUGCACUGGGCUGGACUGGGAAACUCCCGAGCGAUGAACCUCAUAAUUCAAAUGACUUGGAUACCCAGGAUGUGAUUGUGAUUGUUUUGGCUGUUAGUGUCGUGGUGGUGACAGCCAUCGCCCUCAUCUUCUACAGACAGAACAGGAAGGAGCGUCUAAUGCAGAGGAAGUGGUCCCACAUCGAUGCACACCUGAUUGGACCUCUUGAUGAGAAAGAGGUCUCUCUGAAGAUCGAUGACGAUAAGAGGAAGGAUAGCACAUACUUCAGACAGCGAGGCUGCUACGACAAGAAGCCUGUGAUCCUGAAAGAGCUGAAACAUGCAGAUGGGGAUUUCACAAAGGAACAGAAAAUUGAGCUCAACACUCUGCUGCGGAUUGAUUACUACAAUCUAACCAAAUUUUACGGCACUGUGAAGUUUGAGUACGGGCUCUUUGGGGUGUUUGAGCUUUGCCAGAGGGGGUCCCUUAGGUAUAUUCUCAGUGACAGGAUAUCCUACCCAGAUGAAACCUUCUUGGAUAUGGAGUUUAAGAUAUCAGUCAUGUACGACAUAGCAAAGGGCAUGUCGUACCUCCACUCCAGUAAUAUUGCAGUCCACGGUCGCCUCAAGUCCACCAACUGUGUGGUCGAUAACCGCAUGGUGGUCAAGAUCACAGACUUUGGCUGCCACUCCAUUCUAAUGCCAGGCAGAGAUCUGUGGACAGCUCCGGAACAUCUCCGUAAACAGGGUGUGUCACAGAAAGGUGAUGUUUACAGCUACGGCAUCAUCGCACAUGAGAUCGUCCUGAGGCAGACCCCGUUCUAUACCAGGUGCUGCUCCAACACUGCAGAGAAAAUGCACAGAGUACAGUAUCCAAGAGGUAACUUCUUCUUCAGACCUGACCUCUGCUUUGAGGGUGCAUCUGACAGAGAAAUCGAGCUUUACACACUGAUAAAGAACUGCUGGGAUGAAGACCCUGAGCGAAGGCCAGAUUUCAAGAAGAUAGAGUUAACGCUUGGAAAGAUUUUCAGUAAUUUGCACAAUCAAGCUACUGAAACAUACAUGGACAAUCUGAUCCGUCGUCUGCAGAUGUACUCCAGGACUUUGGAGUGUUUGGUUGAGGAGAGAACGGCUCUGUACAAAGCUGAGAGGGACAGAGCGGAUCGCCUCAACUUCAUGCUGCUGCCUGGUCCUGUGGUGCGCUCUCUGAAGGAAACGGGCAGAGUGGAGCCCGAGCUGUUUGAGGAAGUGACCAUCUAUUUCAGUGACAUAGUGGGCUUCACCACCCUCUGCCACUACAGCACCCCCAUGGAGGUGGUAGACAUGCUGAAUGAGAUCUACAAGAACUUUGAUAGCAUUCUGGAUCACCACGAUGUAUACAAGGUUGAGACCAUAGGGGACGCCUACAUGGUUGCAUCAGGGUUGCCGAACCGAAAUGGAAACAGGCAUGCAGUAGACAUCGCUCACAUGGCCCUAGACAUCCUGUCAUUUGUGGGGACUUUUGAGCUCCAGCAUCUGCCAGGGAUUCCUCUGUGGAUCCGCAUCGGAGUACAUUCAGGUCCUUGUGCGGCCGGAGUGGUUGGAAAUAAGAUGCCUCGCUACUGUCUGUUUGGGGACACGGUAAACACUGCUUCUCGCAUGGAGUCUACAGGCCUGCCUUUGAGGAUUCAUGUGAGCCAGCCUACAAUCAACAUCCUGCAGAGGACAGACUGCAAGUUUGAGUAUGAAAAAAGAGGCGAGACAUACCUGAAGGGAAAAGGCAAAGAGAUGACCUACUGGUUAACUGGUGUGACAGGAGGAAAACACAACCUUCCCGUCCCACCAACAGCGGAGAAUUUCCAGCGGCUUCAACAGGAACUGGCAGACAUGAUCGUAUCCAGUCUGGAGAAACACCGAGCUGGAAAAGAGGGCUUUGAAAAGAGGAAGACGUUGUCCACCAGAGUCCGUUGGAGAGACACUAAUGGCAGCCUGCCGAAGGACAGCCCACCGGAGUACUUCCACCUGGCUGUCACCGACAAUCCCGGCACGUUCCUGUAACAGCAGCACUUGAAAGACUUUAAGGACACUGUUAGGGAGUAGCUCCACUCUAACACUGUUAGGGUUCAUGGUGAGAUAAUUUCUUCAUCAUUUGGGUGCUCUUUCUCACCAGGUCACUUUCCCCCACGGUUUGAUUUGGUUAGAAGAGCAUCAGCUUCACCUUUUUCUUGUAAGAUCCUCCAAGCUGGGGGAAAUAUUUCACUCCAAAGACGCAUUUGUAGAAUACGGUUAACUAUUUUUUCUGGAUUGUGCCAAUGCUUAGCAUGCAAUUCAUGUUGUAAUUAUGCUUGAGCUUCAUGU